GCUUAAUACGCUCGAAAAUCGAAACUCAUCAUCAAAGGGAACCUUUUUUUUUUCAUUCACCGGCCGUCGUGAAGCUUUAAUCAAUUAAGCUUAGAGUCAAAAGUGGAUUGAAAGUCGAGACUCCAGUCGACUUGUGAUAUAUUCAUCACUCAAUAUUCACCAAAAAAAUUCUUUGAUCUAUUUUUUAGUAUUUGGGAGAGUCUCUCGGCGACCCCUUCGCUUCAGAUUUCAACGGUUUCGGAAUAUAAUUUAACUGGCGGGUAACUUUUUCAACAGCCAACACUUUGCCAUUCGAUCGUUGUGGCAGACCUUCAGUCUUCUCAUCUCGUGGGAUUGGAUAACUAUGUUCGUAUGGCGAAUAGCAAUCACGAGGUCUUAAAUUCAGAGGAUAUAAUCGAAAUGGAUGAGCAGGAAACGAGAACACAUCAUUGUCCAAAAACAAUACAUCAAAAAGAAGCCUUUUAUUUUCAACAUGUAGAAAUAUUGGGCCAAGAAAACCGGCAAUAUCCCAUUCGAGUGGAUUCGAUACAUUCAAAUCUUUCUGUCAAGUCGGAAAAUUCCGAUGGAGAGAGUAUUCAUUCAACAAUAAGACAUUUUAAUGAAUCAGAGGAUGAUUCAGUCGAAAGUUCGAAACCAAGUCAUCACACUUAUCACGAUGGGAUUUUUUGGCGUUCGCCGAUUACGAUGGGUGGAAAUCUUUUAAUUGGAAUUCUUGCUAGUAUUUCUCAUCAUGUGUUUAAUACUUCCAUGGUAGGGAAGCAAGUUGGAGAUGAACUUUCGCAGCAAUGGACAUUGAGGUUAGUCAUUUUCUUUGGGCGAAAGGCUUCAGCAACUAGUUUUACUUUUCAAAUAGCAAUAGAUGAACUGAUACAAUAACAUAGAUAUGGAACAUCAUCUGCUUUUAUCUCACAAGUAUGUCUUGUCAGCUCUGUUGGUUUUGCUUACACUCAAUGGCUUUGGAAAUCUUUGUAUCACAAGGAUACCAAAGUCUCCAUUAAAUGCCUUGAUGCUGCUUUCGUUGCCGAUACAUCCGUUAUAUCAUUCUUCAAUAAAGAAAUGCUUUGGAAGCUUAAGCUUACCUCAUUACUUGCGACGGUUAUAAAGUUAGUUUAUUUCUUUUCGACAUGUCAAUGUUUGUAACUCGGCUCUUGUUCAUCGAAUUUCCAGAUGUUGAAUGGGACUGGGAGUAAAACUUUACAUCUCCCCUCCAGUGAAAACCUUAUAAUAAUGACCCUAUAGGACUCUACCAAUGGCUUCUAUACUCACUCCUGGCACACUGUUUGUUAUGCCCAGUACCAAAAUUGUCCGAACACAUGCCAAUGUCUCCUCUCUCGAUAUGUAUGGUUCCGACCAACCUUCAAGAUUUACAUAUUCUGUCCCAGUGAACUUGACGGAGAAUCUGCAAAACGAAAUAUUCCUUGGACCACGAACAAUUAUCACUCGUUUGUCCACUGCCACCGCAACUCAAGGCCAAAUCUUACCGAUAAGCGCACCACUUUUCAAUUCAAGUUAUGAGGUACAAUUUUACGGACCCAUUGUUAAAUGCAAAGAGGCUGAUGCAGCUACCGCCAAAAUCAUACAAAAUCUUCGAAACCAGUUUAUUGCAGGCUUUACAGCACCAAUCACGGAAGUCUCAAACUAUUACUACGCAUUCGUUCCUAACCUGAGUAAUUAUACCAAUAGUUCUCUACCCAAUAACGGCGUGACCGUUAUCCCUCAAAUGCGACUCGAACAACCUCAAAAUGCUUCAAAUGAACUCUGGAUGGGUUAUACACGUUAUGUCGAGUCAAAGUCAUUUCAAACCGAGGAUCAUUACACAGUCUGUUCACUCUACAACGCCUCUUAUAAUCUCAAUAUCACCCUCCAAGAAGGUACUCAGACCAUCACCAACAAAUCUCUCCAUGUCCUAAAUAUGGUACCUUACCCAGAUAUCAAAAGCCCAGCCUCCAAUAAUCUCAUGGUCCAACACGCAUACUCCGCCUACAUGUGGUCCCUUACUGAUCUCAUCGUCGGGUCAAUGGGUAUCUUCAAAGCUACUCCUUCUUAUCCAGGUCUUCCCAGUACAUAUUUUUCUGAAAUCACUAGUCAAAUUUCUCAUACAUCGUUACUUGGCAGUUCCGAUUUAGAUGCUUUUUUUGAGAGAAAAUCAACUAAUCCUAUGGGAAGUAAUAAUACCACAGCGGGAGAGCAAAGAACACAAGACAUCAACCUCUCCGGAAAUGCAACAUUGGAGACCUUGGUAGAGGAAUUAAGUUGGAAUAUCACAUGUAGUUUCAUGAAUAGUAAUUUAUUAUCGUACGUAUCCCCCAUCUCAGAUCCAUCUAUCAUAUCUAUCAAGCAAUAAACUAAAUAACCAAACCUCCCAGUCCCUAUCGCAACACCUCCAUCCUCUCCACAACAUCUAUAAAUAUCUACGCCUACCAUUCCUCCACCCUCCUCCUCUCCUACGGUCUCGCUAUCCUAGCUGCCCUCAUCGCAAAUGCUCUUGGUGCGUAUGCGUAUCAUAUUAAUGGUCGCUCACAUAAUAAAUCUUUCUCGGCUAUACUCGCCGCGACGAGAGACAAGGAGUUUGGACAUUUGUUACCUGGAAAAUUGAGAGGGAAGAUUCCCCUGCCGCAUUCGGUGUUAAGGACUCAGUUGAGGUUUGUGGAUUUGGAUGGUGGGGGCGUGGAUGAACAGGGUAUGGCGCAUGGGAAGGAUAGGGGUGGGAGGGAGUUUCGGAUUGUGGGGUGGAGAAGGUGAUGUGGGAGGAAGGGGCUGGGGAAGGAGGAGGGAAUGCUUGGGGAGGGUCAGAAGGAAAGGGAAGAGGGGUGGGGUGUUUAGGAUUUGAAGAUUGUCGGUUUUUAGUCUAGUCGCUAACCGAUUGGGAGGAGAAAUGAUGGUGAUAUUUUCAUGUCUAUUUAGCGUGGAGUUUAGGGGUUAUGAGUUUUGUAUUUCGGGGGUUGGAGAUACAUAUACAGGCACUUUUUACGGAGUAUGUGGGCGGGGUAUACCAUUUAUAUACAUAUGAAUAUUGGAUGGAGUUUGGGGUUGAUUCUUUAUUUUGUGGGGGGAGUGGUGAUAUUGCUAGAUUGAGUUGAUUUUAUUGGAUCUUGAUUAGAUUUUGAUAUCCCCUGUGGUUAUAUCAUCCGCUUUGUAGUAUUUCAAUUCAUC